CGCCAGAGGACGCUCCGCUCUCGGCCUCUGCGAGCUCCGAGGCCGCCGCCGCCGCGAUGAUGAUGAUGAUGGCCGAAGCGGAGGCCGCGGCGGGGGUGGCCGACGUGAAGCCCCCGUGCCCGGGCAUCGGGCCGCUCCCCGGGCCGCCCGAACCGGCCUUGCAGGCCGCGGCGGAGGAAGCGACGCCCGCCACCCCCACCGGCUCCUCCGCAGCGGCGGCGGCCUCCUCGGUCCCCACGGCUCCUCCUCCUCUGCCGCCGCCGCCGCCGCUGCCCGUGCCCGUGGUGUGGAGCCCCGAGGUGGAGGUGUGCCUCUUCCACGCCAUGCUGGGCCACAAGCCCGUCGGCGUGAACCGCCAUUUUCACAUGAUCUGCAUCAGAGAUAAAUUUAGUCAGAAUAUUGGGAGGCAGAUCUCUUCCAAAGUCAUCUGGGACCAUCUCAGCACCAUGUAUGAUAUGCAGGCACUGCACGAGUCUGAGAUUCUUCCCUUCCCCAACUCAGAGAAAAAUUUCAUCCUCCCUGAAGAAAUUAUUCAUGAGGUAAAAGAAGGUAAAGUGAUGAUUGAAGAUGAUGUGAAAGAAGAAAUAAAGGAAGAGGUGGAAUCUCAUACAAGCACUGAAGACGUAUAUGCGUCUAUUGGAAGCCUGGGGAAAGCAGCUGAAAAGCCGAGCACUAAGGAGAAAGAGCGUACCUCCUCUGAAUCUGGAUCCAAAGAAGGGGGAGACAAAAGAAAGCGGAACAGAGUCACCGAAAAGGUCUUAAACGCCAACAGCAAUCCUUCCAGUCCAAGUGCUGCAAAACGGCGCAGAACGUGAGCUAUGGUGGAGCAAGACGGGACCGUGUUUAACUCUGAAACGUGGGCAGCAGACAGUUCGUAGCCUGUAGUUAGCGAAGGGUGGGGGGGGAGGAGUGGUAAAUGCAUACGCCUUGUGGGUAAGCACCAGUUUGGCUGUCUCCCCUGAGAAGAGAGAGAUGGCUGAUCUGCAAAAAGCUCCUGAAUAGUGUCUUUAUCCUCAAAAUUAUGAGCGGAAGCCUGGCAGCUUUACACGAGUUUGGAUUUUUACAUACCGGUUCCUCGCUGUAUCUUUAAGCACCGUUCUUGAAUCAGGUGGCUGUCAAGGGGAUACAGUUCCUGAAGAACUCAAAUGUCUUCUCUUCGAGACACAUUCGUGUCCUGCACCAGCAUUGCUAAUUUUCACAACUGCAACAUCGUCUUACUGGGUUCCUGCUCCAUGAGAAAGCAGAUAGUUCCAAAUGCCGGAAUAUCUCUUCGGAGAAGCGUGCGGCGUACAGACUGCCUGUGUUUGAGUGUUCUUUUCAUCUGUCCUGCAAAGCUUUGUCUCUUGAAAAUUGCAGGGGUAAAUGACUGUUCAGAUAGUAGAAAAGUGUACCACGCAGCAGAACAGAUGACUUCUAGACAGAGUAGUCCAUUAAAUGUCUUAAAACCAGGCAGACGCUGUUGUUUGGUGUCUGGACUGCAUAUUAUCUACAGGAAGCUUAAAAGAAAACACAACUUUUGCAGCAAAAGGUUCAGUACAAGCUGUGAGGAGUUGACAAAAUGGAUUAUUUCAUGAAAUUCUUGUACUGUAUUAAUUCUUCUCAUCCGCAGCGUCUUUGAUGUAAGCAGUUCCUUUAAGGUCAGUGAAACUGCUCGCAUCAAAGGCAUUUGCCACGUUGGGACGAUAAAUGUUUGUGUGUGUUUUUGUAUCCAUUAUUUAAUUUAGGUUUUUUAAAAAACAUACUACCACCAUUAGAAGUUAUUGAUGGAGAUAAUAUUGAAAGGGGUAAUUUUGCCAUGUUGCUCUUCUAGAAUUCAGCAGGUAUCUAUUUCCCGAUGUAGUUCCCGCAAUUGUAUGCUCUUGACUUACAGAUUACUUUUAAUUUAAAGUGCUUUGACUUUUAUGCAAGGUUGUCAGACUGAUAGGAUUUGUAAUUUCUGGAUGACCAGAUAAGAUUUCUUUUCCCCCACUUAUUGUGGCAGGAAACAUAUUUUUAUACAGAAAAAAGAAAAAUUUUAUGAAGGCAGCUAAAAAGUUGCUAAUUUGAUUUUGAAUUAACCUUUACUGUUGAGUAAAAGAGUUCCGGAUGAUAUGUGUUCUGUUGCCAUUUUAUUUCUGGUUUUAAUAAAUGGGAAUAUACUGCAUAAA